GCUAAGAGCCGAAGCCGUGCCGUGCUAGUUCCGACUAACGAGUAACGACUACGACCACGAUUCACGAUUGCCGGAUUAGUGCCAUGCGAAAAGCUCGUUGUGUUAGUCGUUUCGUGCAGUUCACUCAAAUAUUUCGUGACAUUUAUCGGAUAACUUAAAACUUUACCCGGAAUGACAAUAUAAAGUGCAUAUAUAGUGAAACAAUAUGGGUUCAAAAAUUGAAUACGUUGACUCAUCGCAUUUAUACGCUACGAAUUAUGUGCGUAAUUCGAAAGCGAUUGGAGUGCUUUGGGCCAUAUUCACGAUCUGUUACGCGAUUAUCAGUGUCGUUGCCUUCGUAACUCCGGAGUGGAUUGGUGAUCUUGAGACUGAAUACCCUAGGAAGUUCGGUUUGUGGCAAAUCUGCAAAGCUGACGACGUGGUGGAGGACUGCAAGGGCAGGCUCGAUGAGUUCAUGUCUAUCAAUGGAUUUGUGUUCAAAGUGUGUACGGUGUUAGUGGCUGCAGCUGUUGCCUUUGCCCUGUUUACAUUGUGUUCUUUGCUUUUGUUUUUCUUCUGUCAGUCUACGACUGUUUUUCACAUAUGCGGCUGGUUACAACUUUUAUCUGCGCUGUGCAUGGUAGCCGGCGUCGCGGUGUACCCUGCUGGAUGGAACGAGACCUCGGUGCAGGAGACAUGCGGACCGACAGCUGACCUCUACAACAUGGGUCGGUGCCACAUCCGCUGGGCUUACCUGCUGGCAAUGAUCGGCUGCCUGGACGGGAUCGUGCUGGCGACCCUCGCCUUCAUCCUGGCCACCAGGCACGUGCGUCUUCAACCGGACACCAACUACCCAUCAGCGUCUCUUUAUAAAGGUGAAGUGAACAACGCAUAUGUGACCGACGCGACAUCUAUGUCGGGCUCAAGAAAGUCUCUAGCGCUACAGCCGGUGCUCAUUAUGCAUCCACACGCUCCGAUAGAUGGCGACACUUACUCUCACUACUCGGGACGAACUGCGCGCUCGAAACAUGGAAUGUACGCUAACUCUAUGCAUAACUAUUAGCUUUAAUUUAGAAAAUAAACAAACAUUGUAAAUUAAUUAUUAAAUUUUGUCAAUUUUGAAAGAUUAUGGCUACUGCGUACCUGUACCGCUAAAAGGCAAUAAAAAAUAUAAUUCAUGUGAUUUUCUUGAAUGAAAUAGGGGUACAAAGUACAAAAGUUGGUUGAUUGUAAGAUUUUUAUAUUCUGAAAAAGUAGUAAAUAACUCCCUUGUUGUAUGUAAAUAUAUUAAGAGUUUAUAGUUAUAAAAUAGCUUAAGUCUAUGCCUAUAUGUCUGUCUAAAUUAUUGCUUAGAAAUAUGUGCCUCAAGUUUAUAAAAUAACACAGCAACCUCUGCGAAUUUCAAUUUAUAAAACUCAAUUCAAUUUUAAUUUGUAACUCAUUUUAAAUCAAUUUAAAAACUUUAUUUUAUAUUUAAUUAAGUACAUAUACUUUCUUUUCCAUUAAGAAAUAAAUCAUAACCAUUAAUUGCAAUGACACCCAUAAUAGUUAAUUUUACUUAUUAGUUGAAAAUAAAUGAAAUUAUAAAACUGUACUAGGUAUUAUAAUAAAGACAGUAACAUAAGUACAAAAUGAUUUAUAAAAACAACGAAAACAAUGUGCCUUCAGAAAGAAUAAUAUUAAAUGUAAUGUUUUUGUAA